GCCUGCUUGCUCGCGGCCACGUUCGCCGCUGCUCUCGCCUGCUGUUCCUACAUCUCCCUCCACCACCCCGUCGUCGCUCACCUCCCCCUCGCCGCGUUCCUUCGGCCUCGCCCAUCGCCGUUGACGCGCAAGAACACCCAUUUUGGACGCGACGAACGGCCCGCCGCCGCUCUGCCGACCCGUUGUCUCGGCUCCAAGUCCAGCCUUGCGGCAUUCUGCCUCCGCGCACGCCUCAUCUACCAUUCCUAUUUCUUGUCUUGCCUAACUUGAGCCUUCGUCAAAGGAGCCCAAGGAAACAGCUCCAACUCUGACUCGAUGCGCUGCCGUAAUUGGUUGCUGAUCAGCAAUUGCCCAGUCGCACGAACCCUGUGACAAGUACGGACGCUAUGACAAGUCACUGUCGUGCUAUCCUGGCCUCGCCUCUCGCAGAUGCGUCGUUCACUUACGCUCGAGCUGCGUUUGCCUAAACGAUGCAGUAUACUGCGUGUGGAACUGUGUGAACACUGCAAUGCUGUUGAUCCCGACGUUUGUUGCGAAGUCGGUGACCUAGAUGCAGAAGGCGUGUUGUUUUUCCAACUGAGUCCAGCGACUCAGACCGGGAUAAGGGAGUCAAGACGUACACUCCAAAGCGACAAGUAUAGCACUUUGAGCAUUUCUAAUAUACCAAAACCCAAGUCGAUGCGCUGUAAUGACAAAGAACAUGCCACUAUUGCAAGUGUGAAAACCGUGGCACUACUUUAGAACACAGCUAGAACGACAGCCGACAACCUCAGUCUGGCAGGGCGGUCCGUUCUAUUGUCUCCAAAGCUUUGAGGCUGCGCGAUGUGUACAAAAUUGCAGAGAACAGAUGGAAGCAACCUCGCAGGCUUUUCAUCCGACAGCACCAAUCUUGACCAUUAGCAGUCAAGCGAGCGCAAUCAGAUCGGGAAAGAGCUUUAGGGGCACAUUGCGAACAUUCCAAGGCAUGCUUGUGAAAUACAAUUCAGCAAAUCUGCCACAGCAAUGGAUCAGCCAGUGCAUAGAAAGGGGAUUGAAUGCGAAGCGCUCCUCAGCAUCUUUCAAAACAGAAUCUCCUUGUUCUUUGCACCGGGUAAUUCAUGUGUCCGGAUCGACUCGCCCAAAGCCAUUAAAGAUUCUACAAAAUAUUGAACGAUUCAACCAUGCUUGAUGAGAGCUCAACACUUGAAUCCAACGACUGAUGUUGCUGCAAGAGCAGCGCUGAAUGGCGAUGACAGUUUCCUUUGCAUGAUUGACCAACUCGCAUUGUCGACAAUGGCUCGUGGCUUGCAGUAAAUGGAAACACGUAGCUUUUACUAUGCCGUUGAAUAUAGGUAAGCUGGGAGAUCUGAGACACGUUGACAAACACCACUUUAGCUUUCAAGCAUCGUUUUGUCUUAUUUCUGCUAGAUGAUUGCUGACUGCACAGGCUUAUU